AUGUCUAACCAAAUGAAAGGAAAUUUUCCGAAACCUGAAUGUCAGACUAAAUGCUUUGAGGAAAGGUUUGAAUAUAGCGGGAGCAAAGAAGAUAUGUGCCAAUGUGGCAACUCUUUCACUGGCCUCAGACAGAAGGGCGUUAUGGAUUGUUCCAUAAAGGACUUCACCGUUUCAAGUGUCUCAUUUAGGCAAAACAAAUCGGAGAUCUACCAAUACUGCAAGAAUGACAGAACAGAGAGUAGCAAAGCUUACUGCGACACGAACGUUUGCAUUCCCGGUUCGGCAGGACCAUUCUGUAUCAAAGCUACAACCAUCCAGAUCAAAACUAUUUCUGUCGUCCCAACCACUCCAGCGGCAAAUCAAAACGUACAAGUUUAUACAUAUCAAAGUACCAACGAAACGUAUGUUGGCACACUUCCAUGCAGAGAUAACAAUGGAGGGUGUGGUGAUAAAAUAUGUUGGGAGGUUAAUGAUGAAGAAAUCGAUAAUGGAAAGGUUCAAGUUGAAUGUAAACCACCAGAUGAGGAAAUCUUUGAUGUGCCAGAAGGUUGCAUGAUAUUUUUUUCAUGCAUUUGUCUAAAAAUUAAUUUGUUAAUUUUCAUCGGUACACAUGUUCAAGUGAAAAAACCUAAGGGUAAUUGGAACUAUAAAGGAUGUUUUCAAAAGGUGCAUUCAGCCAAGGAGCUGAUGAUCAAUUCGGUCAAAUCUUGCUCCGAAUAUUGCAGUCAAACAUUAUUCUAUGGAAUGCAGUGGUUAUAUUCAACUUUAUUGAAUUUAGAACAAACAGUUAUGUGUAUGUGCCAAAAAUGUUCAAAACGAGAAAUAUCGAAUGUAUCACUUAAUAUCGGAUGUUUUAAAUUUUUGGAACUUGAACACAAAGAAAGCGAAUCUUUGAGCAAAUUACUCUGUGUGAAUAGAUGCAGAGAACUUGACUUUCCAUACAGUGGAACAAUGUCACCAGAUUUAAAUGUUCGUGGAAAAUCGACAAAGUACAACUAUUGCAUAAAUGAUAAAAAUGAAAAUAGAAAGGCAUAUUGCAGAUCUGGUGUUUGUUUACCUGGCUGGGUUGGAGCAUUCUGUGAUAGGAGAGAUUGUGCAACUCAAAAUGGAGGUUGUAACACGACGAUGAACUGCGUACAAGAAAUUGUAAACGGCUUGAUGCAAGAGAGAUGCAUCUGCGAGUCAAGAGAUGCUGCAGUCGAUGAAAAUGAAUGUAUAGUGUUAAAAGUAUCAGACGGAGAAAACAAAUCAAUUUUGUUAAUAUACAUCUCAAUAAUUGUGUUUGCCGUUCUGUCACUUUUACCAGUAGCGAUUCUGUUUAAACAUUUGAAAAAACGUAAAGGAAAUGGUAUGAAAUAUUUUGAAAUUCACUAA